AUGUCUAUAGUUGUAAACGAAACUGGUACAGCGUCGUUUCAAUGUGAGGUUGAAGGAAACCCACAGCCUAAAGUCACAUGGCUGAGAGAUAACUCCAGUCUUCUCGCGAAUAAACGAGUCGUGUCAACUGCUGGUGGCCUGGUUAUCAAUGACGUCACGUUAACAGAUGAUGGAACCUAUACUUGCGAAGCGAGGAAUAUUCUUGGGGUUAUGACGUCAUUGGUUAGGUUGACUGUUCAAGGUAAGAAAUAAAACAUUCAGUUGUUAUUCACUUGACCCACAAAAAUAUAUUACGAACUAUAUUUUUUGGAUUGUUCUGAUAUAAAUUGAUGUAGCUAGAGCGUAAAUCAUACUUUUGCUCUUUGAUAUAAGGAACAAGGCGACUUCAUGAGGAAGAAAGAAAAUGUUUAAUUCUCAAGUUUUUUUCCUCACGGUUUUAAAAUCAACUCCGAGGAAAAAAAAAUAUGAUCAUGAUCAUUACCUCGGGGGGACACGAAAGUUUGCUAACCUUUUUUACCUCUCGGUUUUUCAUUCAGUUGGUGCAUCAAUCAUUCAAAAACCCUCAUUAGUUAUCGUUGAAGAAGGACACAAGGUGAGUCUGGUUUGCCAAGCUACCGGUCAGCCGACACCAACGGUCACGUAGCGAAAAGCAGUCGAUCACAUGUAAACCAAAAGAUUAAGAGUUUUUAAUGGCAGAUUGGAAAUAACCAAUGUGACUAAAACAGACGGUGGAAACUACAUGCAUAUGUUCGGCAAAGAACAUUCUUAA